AUGGCGGUGAUGUCCUAUUCAUUAACUGGACAGAAGAUGCUUCCCAGAAAACGGUUAAGAAUAGUGACUAGUGUAUUAAUAUGUUUCCUGUUACGAGCUCAAGGUGCCGAUAAUGAUAAAGACGAGAACAAACCUUACGAGUUUGGCUUCACUGUAGAUGUCGAGGGCUCAAAACACCAACACCGACAUGAGGCCAAAGAUAAAGACGGGCUUGUCAUGGGGGAGUUCGGUUUCCUCACUGCAGAUGACGUGUACCAUGUUACAGUGUACGCCACAACCAAAGAAGGAGAUUUCAAAAUAUUAUCUACGAAGAAUAUAAAUUUAAAGUCCUCAGCUGAUGCUGUAUCAACAAGACAAGGACAUUCCCUUGACUUACCAAACCCAGGAUCUGCUGCAACUGCUACGACUGUUACACCUACAGCAAGCUCUACCAAUGGAAUACAUACGACACCAAGUGCAUCCAUUACUCUCCCAACAUUCACUUCGUCUAAUGAACCGAAAAUCGCAGCAGCUGCAAACGUUACAUCUGUAAUUCCCUCUACACUUGCUGCGUUAGUUGCUUCAACAACUGUGCCUACACCUGCGAUAUCUAUUACUCUCACUCCGCCUCUAAGGACUACAACGCUAUCAGCACCCGCUGCAGUUACCACACCUUCUGUAUCCGCAGCCAUCAUGGCACCCAAAGAACUCAAAGUACAGACAGCAAAUGUGGCCCCUACCUUACUUCCCACUGUAGCUGCUAAACUCAUGGUGUCCUCUCCAUCUGCAUCGGUUGUUGUACCGAUGGGGGAACUCGAAAUACAAACUGAACUCCCUGUUUUAACCCCAGUCGUUAAAUCUGCCUCACCCAAUUUUUCCGCUGGACUCGUUACUGUGGAUAAACCUUCUAUGCCAGCUACAAUCACUAAGCCAGAUGCAAGUGUUUCACCUGACGUACUUUCGGCAAUCAUUAAGUCCAUUAGUCCCACUGUAAACGGUUUAGCUGGUAAUUCACAAAUUUUACCCACUUUACCUAGUGUAACCAGUACACCUCCUAAUACUCUCAAUCAAAAGCCUAAUAAAUCCCCAGUAAUCAACACCACACCUAAAAAUCAAAUGCCUUUUAAGCUAUUUUCUCUUGAGCCUCCAGGCAAAUCAUGCAGCGGUUGUAGUCUGCCGACUAGAACACCACUAACACCACUUUUAGGCCAGCGAUCUAAUUUUCCUUCAGAACUUUCGGUGCCUGAAUCUGUAAAGAAAAAUAUUAUAAAACUUGGGAUAUUUGACAGCCAACGUUUGGUCCCUCGAGUUAAAAAGCCCUAUAAUUCUCAAUUAGGAUCUGAUUCUCUUACAAGUACACCACCCAAUGAUCCACAACCAAAUUUACAGGCGCAACCUCCUAAUGCACUUGGAGCACAAAAGCCCCCACCUCAAAAUUCUGCUGAUCUUUCUCCGAAUCAAAACUCCGGAACUCCGGAACUCAAAACGGAGGAUGAACCUAAUAACGAUUUAAAAAGUGACUUAAACUGGUCAGGAGUAUCCACAAUUAAACCACAAACAGAUUUAAAACUAAAGUUUAAUGGUCCAUCUCCUAUUAAAAGCUCCAAUACAACACGCGAAUCUCGAAAACAAUCUUUAAAAAAACCAGAAGAUUCAACUCCAUCGAGGUCUAACUCUAACACAACGGGUGAACCUCCAAAGGAUUCCAACUCAAAUCGGUCCUCUAAAACUCAGAGCUCAGAGACAAUGCAAACUCGAAAAGAUUCGAAACAAACCUUAAACGGUCUAUCUCCAACUCAGAACUCUGACACAGCUAGUAAUUCACAAAAAGAUUCAACACAAAACUUAAAUAGUCCUUCUCCUACCCAGACCUCCAACACAGCCAGUGCUCCACCAAAAGAUUUAAUACAAGGCGCAAAAGGCCCAACCCCUACCCAGAACUCCAAUAUACCAAAAGAUUCAACAACAGACGCAAAGGGUUCACCACCUUUCCAGAACUCUAACACACCCAGUACUUUACCAAAAGAUUCAACACAAGACGCAAAGGUUCCAUCUCCUACCCAGAAUUCCAACACACCAAAAGAUUCAACACAAGAUGCAAAGGGUCCCUCUCCUACCCAGACCUCCAACACACCAAGUAGUACAACAACAGAUUUAACUCAAGACGCAAAGGGUCAACCUCCUACCGAGACCUCCAACUCACCAAGUAGUGUACCAACAGAAAAAGAUUCAUCACAAGACUCAAAGGGUCCAUCUCCUACUCAGAACACUAAAACACUAAGAGAUUCAACACAAGAUGCAAAGGGUCCCUCUCCUACCCAGACCUCCAACACACCAAGUAGUACAACAACAGUUUUAACUCAAGACGCAAAGGGUCAACCUCCUACCGAGACCUCCAACUCACCAAGUAGUGUACCAACAGAAAAAGAUUCAUCACAAGACUCAAAGGGUCCAUCUCCUACUCAGAACACUAAAACACUAAGAGAUUCAACACAAGAGGCAAAGGGCCCAUCUCCUACCCAGACCUCCAACACACCAAGUAGUCCGCCAAAGGAUACAACACUAGACGCAAAGGGUCCAUCUCCAACUCAUACCUCCAACACACCAAGUAAUAAACCAAAAGAUUCAGCACAAGAUUCAAAGGGCCCAUCUCCUACCCAGAACUCUGACACACUAAGAGAGUCAACCCAAGACUCAAAGGGUCCAUCUCCUACCCAGACUUCCAACAUACCAAGUACUACACCAAAAGGCUUAACACUAGACGCAAAGGGUGCAUCUCCUACCCAGACCUCCAACACACCAAAAGAUUCAGCACAAGACUCAAAGGGUCCAUCGCCUACCCAGAACUCUGACACACUUAGAGAGUCAACACAAGACUCAAAGGGUCCGUCUCCUACCCAGACUUCCAAUAUACCAAGUACUACACCAAAAGAUUCACCACAAGACGCAAAGGAUCCAUCUCUUGUUCAGACGUCCAAUACACCAAGUAAUCCACCAAAAGAUUCAACACAAGACGCAAAGGGUCCAUCUCCUACCCAGACUUCCAAUAUACCAAGUACUACACCAAAAGAUUCACCACAAGACGCAAAGGAUCCAUCUCUUGUUCAGACGUCCAAUACACCAAGUAAUCCACCAAAAGAUUCAACACAAGACGCAAAGGGUCCAUCUCCUACCCAGAAUUCCAAUAUCCCAAAAGUUUCAUCCAAAGACAUGAAGGGUCCAUCUCCUACCGAGAACAGCUCUAACACACUAAGUAAUCCGCAUAAAGAUUCAACACAAGACUCAAAAAAUCCAUCUCCUACUCAAAGCCCUGAUACACCAACUAAACCACAAAAAAAUUCAACACAACACCUAAACGGUCCAUCUCCGACCCAAAAGGCUGACACACCGAGUAAUAUAGAAAAAGAUUCAAAGAAAACCAUGAAAGGUCUCUCUCCAACUCCAACCCCUGAUAUACCAAGUAAACCACAAAAAGAUUCAAAACAAGAUGUAAACGGUUCAUCUCCUACCCAGAACUCUAAUGCACCAAGAAAACCAAAAAAUAUUUUAAAACAAAAUUUAAACGAUCCAUCUUCUAGUCAGAGGUCCAACACACCAAACAAAUUACAAAAAGAAUUAAAACAAAACCUAAACGGUCCGUCUCCUACUCAGAACUCCAUUACACCAAGUAAACCACAAAAAGAUUCGAAACAAAACUUAAACGGUCCUACUCAAAACUCCAACACACCAAAUAAACCACAAAAUAAUUCGAAACAAAACUUAAACAGUCCCUUACCAACUCCGAACUCGAACGCGCCAAGCAAACCGCAAAAAGAUUCAAAACAAAACUUAAACGGUCCAUCUCCUACUCAGAACUCGAACGCACCAAGUAAAUCACAAAAAGAUAAAAACCUAAACUUAAACGGUCCACCUACUACCCAGACUUCCAACAUACCAAGUACUACACCAAAAGGCUCAACACUAGACGCAAAGGGUCUAUCUCCUACCCGGACCUCCAACUUACCAAGUAAUUUACCAAAAGAUUCAACACAAGACGCGAAGGGUCCAUCUCCUGUUCAGACGUCCAACGCACCAAGUAAACCAGAAAAAGAUUCAAAACAAAACUUGAACGGUCCAUCUCCUACUCAGAACUUCAACGCACCAAGUAAACUACAAAAAGAUUCAAAACAAAGCUUAAACGGUCCAUCUCCUACUCAGAACUCCAACGCACCAAGAAAACCACAAAAAGAUUCAAAAAAAAACUUAAACGGUCCAUCUCCUACUCAGAACUCCAACGCACCAAGUAAACCACAAAAAGAUUCAAAACUAAACCUUAACGGUCCAUCUCCUACUCAGAACUCAAACGAUCCGCUUGCGGCAUCAGAUGUACCUGAAAAAGACCCCAUAGAAAACCCUAAUUAUCCAUCUCCAACUGCAAGCCCUAAAGGUUUAAAUGAAAUCUCAAAUCAUUUAUCACCAAUGCAGAACUCUAAACCUUCACGAGGAUCUCAACGAUAUGUCCAACCCACUUUACAAAGCCCACCUCCAACACAAAGUUCCACUACUCCGAACAAGAAUAGGGGUUCAAAGAAAUAUACUCUCCCAGAUGAUGUAAAACCUACAUUAGUUUCUGCGGAUUUGAGAAUAGUUGAUAAGAAUACAGACAUUAACACGCUUCGUCCUGGUGAAAAAGCAGGGCUACCAGAUGGUCUGAAUGUAAACGAUAUGACAAAAAUACUUUAUACUUUUAAUUACACUGUUGGUUUUCAUGGUCAUUUUGAAGAAGGUUAUGCAAAUGGUACCAAAAAAGGUUACUAUUAUGUUACUGGUAGAGAUGGCAUUAGAACGAGGAUCGAUUAUGUGGCCGAUGACACCGGCUUCCAUCCUAAAGUUACACAAGAGGUACUUGAUUUACUCUCUGAUGAUGUACCUAAACCAGAAACGGAAAAAGAUGCAAAAUUUGGACUUAAGAGUUCUGAAUUCAAAUGGUUAUAUUAUCCAGUUGAGCCAAAAAUAGCAAUAAACACUUCCCUGAGAUAA